GUGGCUCUCACUUGUUUGUAGGAACGAAAACGUUUCUCCAGCGCAUCCGGAGGGACACGUAGAGGCUGAGCAACGAGCAAAGCAGGAAGUUGCUCGAUGCCUAAACUUAUCAACAUCUAUGGAGCAUUUGGUUGAUAUUAAGUCCAAGUCUGUGGAGGAACCCAUGUACUGUAUGUCCUGGGCUGUCAAGAACAUGCUUUGCCAUUUCUCAGUCAGCUAUGCCUCCAGGCUGGCAUAUUCUUGGAGGCAUAAGAGGUGUAUUUACAACUCACCACUCAGGAAGGUCCCUGUCUUCAUAUGGGUCUACCUUUUUAGAAGCCUCACUAUGUUUCUAACGAAGUGCAAAAUAUUACAGAUGAAUCGAAUUUCAUCUAUAUGGACUUCUCACUGCAUUUCAUGUACACCCAGUUACUAUACGCUGAAAAGGAAGGAUCAUGGUUACUUUUAUUGCAGUGCAAGGACAGCAUCUUUUAAAACAGUCUUUCAAAAGGAAAAGCAGCAAAAAAGGAGCCCCUUGUAUCAAACAACAGCAGAAGAAGUACUAGUUAGUACAAGGAGGACAAUAAGUUUCUCUGCACCUGGGAUUGUCAAUGCCGCACCACAAUCUGUCCAGCCUUACCUCAGGCUUAUGAGGUUGGACAAGCCCAUUGGAACAUGGCUGCUGUAUUUGCCCUGCACAUGGAGCAUUGCAUUAGCUGCAGAGCCAGGCUGCCUACCAGACUUUCACAUGCUGGCACUGUUUGGAGUAGGGGCUGUUCUAAUGAGGGGAGCUGGAUGUACAAUCAAUGACAUGUGGGAUCGUGACUUUGACAAAAAGGUCUCCAGAACAGCAAGUCGUCCAAUAGCAGCAGGAGAAAUUACUCGUUUUCAAGCACUGGUUUUUCUUGGAGGGCAGUUGACCUUAGCCCUUGGUGUACUUCUAAGUUUAAAUUUAUACAGCAUUAUCCUUGGGGCUGCUUCUUUAUCUCUGGUGGUGACAUAUCCUCUAAUGAAGAGAGUUACAUAUUGGCCACAGCUGGUUUUAGGUCUUGCAUUUAACUGGGGAGCUCUCCUGGGAUGGUCUGCUAUCAAAGGAUCUUGUGAUUGGUCAGUUUGCCUUCCUUUAUAUUUUUCUGGAAUACUGUGGACACUGAUAUAUGACACAAUUUAUGCACAUCAGGACAAGGUAGAUGAUUUGCUUGUUGGUGUUAAGUCAACAGCUCUCUUGUUCCAAGAUCACACCAAGCCCUGGCUUAGUGGAUUCAGUGCAGCCAUGUUGUCGGGGCUCAUUUUGACUGGUAUCAUCUCUGACCAAACUCUUCCUUACUAUGGAGCGCUGUCAGUGGUUGGGGCACACAUUUUCUAUCAGAUUUUCACAUUAGAUAUUAACAAACCAGAGGAGUGCUGGAAGAAAUUUACUUCAAAUCGUACACUGGGGCUUCUAAUUUUCAUUGGAAUUCUUGCAGGAAAUUUGUGGAAAAAGCUCGUGUCUGCAAACCUCUCAAAAUGAACCCGAUUUCUUCUC